AGUUAAAUGCUUCGCCUUAUCUUGAUAAUUGCUAUACAAUUUGAUAAUGACGUUCUUCUCGUAAUUUUUCCGCUAAUUUCGGAAACCUAGAGGAGUUUAGUUUCUAUAGCCAAACGCCUACCAAAUAUUUUUCGCUUUAUAUGGAAUUUUUGAAGUUAGAGUUGAAGAUGGAGUUGUGUUUGACAAAAGGAAGACGAGAUGAUGGGAGCUGAGGAUUCAAGGAAGAAGCUAAAGAAAAAAAAGAUUACAAAAAUGAUUAAAGAUGUAGGAAACACUAACUUUGUUCAAAAAGAGGAGAAGUUGGCUAAGCAAAUGGAAGAAAAAAAGAGGAAGAAGAAGAGAUCUCAUGUGCUAGUUAGAAGAAGCAGAGAUGAACAAGAUGAAGUUCAUCUCUCAAAUUAUAAAGAUGAAUCAGAUAAUGUGGAUGGAGUAAAGAAAAAGAACAAAUCUACAAAGAGGAAGAAGGGGAAAAAUGACAGACAUGAUGAAACUGAAAGCGUGGAAGUGGAUCAAUCUAAUGCAAGAGAGGAUGCACUUGGUCAAGAAAAUAACAUAUCCGCUGAGAAAAGGAAAUCCAGAAAGAAGAAGAGAAAAAGUGAGAAGAAAGCUGGGAGAAAUGAGGCUGUUGAUCAUAAUGUUGAGGCUAAUAAUGACUCAGAUCAGCAAACAGGCAAGCCAAAUUAUGUCGUCAACAUUGCAGAGAAGGAUCAUUCAUUUUCAAUAAAUCAGGACAAUUUGGUGGAGAAGAGAGGACAAGCAGUAGAAGAAGAGAUUUAUGAACUAUCUUCUGGGGAUGAGGACUGCUCGAAAGGAAUGAGAAAGUGGGUAACCGAUUAUUACCAGAGUAGGCCUGGGUUGAAGGUGUUGCAAGAAAGGAUUGAUGACUUUAUUACUUCUUAUGAGGCGGAAAAGGAGCAGGAAAGGAAAGAAAAAGAAGCCCGUGCUGCGGAAGAUGGAUGGACUGUUGUCGUACAUCACAAAGGCAGGAAAAAGACAACUGAUUCUGAAACUGGAAUUGCAGUUGGUUCUGUUUCCCAGGCUGCAGUCAUGGAUAAUAUGGCCAAAAAGAAAAAGAACGAUGUGGGUUUAGAUUUCUACCGGUUUCAGAAAAGAGAAGCAAAGAGAAAUGAGAUCAUGGUGCUGCAGAGCAAAUUUGAGCAGGACAAGAAACGGAUACAGCAGUUGAGAGCUGCAAGAAAAUUUCGACCUUACUAAACAAAGUAUAAUUUUUCCGGAAGGGAGAUGUUUUAAGCAAGAAAAGGGGGAAGCUUCAGGAAAAGGGGUUUCAAAUGUUCUCCAGUUCGAGUUCUCUUUCUUCAAAGAUAACCACAUUACCUUAACAGAGAACAUCUUCAUUUAUUAUUUGUAAGGCGAUGGUCUCUGGUUUUGUUUCGGUGCACAUCGAUUAAUUCACGAUGUACUUGCUGCCUUUGCCCACCAAAAAUUAAGCAAAACAAUGCACGAAUAUGUGGGAUUAAUGUGAUACAGACACGAAUACAGACACGAGAUGUCAUCGUGUCUACUUGCCAUUUUUUGUUGGACCUGAACUUUUUUAUAGAUUUUAUCUGCUGAAGUGUAUGAUUCUCCUUGUUAA